GAAAUUAUCAAGAAGGUUCGUCAGUCUUAUACCUUUAAAGAGAAAGCCAAUAUCGUUCGGUAUGCUCUUCGUGAAAGCAAUCUUAAGGCCGCUGCCAAGUUUGGUUUAGAUAAGACUCAAGUUGGUCAUUGGGUAAUGAAGUUAAAAGAUAAACUUGAUGAGAUUGAUCAUAGCAAAUCUUGUCAUCUUGAAGGCGGUGAAAUUGAUCCUGAGAUUAUUCGCCGUGCCUUUCGCAAGUGCUCUAUUUCUAAUGCUAUGAAUGGAUUAGAGGAUAGUGAGAUAUAUCAUGAUGAAAUCCUUGAUAAUACUAAUGAAGCUAAUGAAAAUAAUCCUGAUAUGGAUUCUGAUGAUUUAGGUGAAAAUGAGGAAGAUUUUGAGUAUAAAGAAAAUCAUGAUGCAACAAUUGAAGAAAAUGAGGAUGUUCUUCUUUUUACAAUAGAUUAA